AUGUCGCAUCCAUCAAGUUCCACCGGGGCUACACGUACCCCGAGCACGACCAAUUCGCGCUCGACGCCUCUCCUGAAAGCGACGGACGAAUGCAAGUACGAUGAAGUCAAAAAGAGUAAAUUGACGCUAGUCAAGGAGGAAAAUGCUGAGCUCAAAGAACGGAUUGCUCAGUUGGAACGCCAACUACGUGGUAUUUCUCCUCCGCCCAACGCGUCGCGUCCGGACAAUGUCAAGCAAGCGCCGUCGUCUACAUUUUCGCAGAUGACCCUCGGCCCGGAAGAAGACUCGGAGUAUGAUUAUGAACUAGAAGAAGAAGAAGAGACGCGUGGCGAUCCGAUUCGGCCUGAUCUGUACGAAGCUCAGCCGCACCAACAACCGCCCCAUGUCAUUCAGCCCGAGCAUAUUUCAACAGUGCCGGUUCAGCAUAAUCGGCCUGACCAGUAUCCCCAGCCCGAGGGGUUCGAUACUGUACGCGAUCAGGUACAGGUGCCUCCUGGCCAAUAUCGCCUGCCUACAGACCAGCACCAACCAGCUUAUCAAGACCCCUAUUAUCCACAUGUACCUCAUAGCACCUCGCGUAGCGCUGAAUUCACGCAAACAGAUAGUCAUGCUCAACCGGCGUCGUAUGGUGCCCCACAUGUGCAGACGGGUCCUCUGUCAGAUGUACAUGGGUACCCUACUUGGCCGCCAACCCCUAAUGACACUGUGCCACCUAGCGCAUCUAGUUACGGUUUCACUCCCUCACCGUCUACGAAAUGGUAUCACGUACCCCAUUUGAGCCCCGAAACCACUCCUGGUCCCCUGGCACUCUUUAUCCUUCGGCAGGUUACCCCCGCGGGAACCACUCUUCAAGUUCCGGUUGCUCGUCAUCGCCCUGUUCCGUCGCCUCCCGUUUUCGGUCAAGAUCUAAUAAUAUCAUUUUUCCAACGGUGGAGGGCUGAAUCUCAACCCCAAGCGUACGUUGCGGAAGAGCGCACACAAGCUCAAAAUGAAAACAAUAAUUGGGCGUUGGUUGGAAACUGGUGGGAGCGGGAUGAUCUACCAGUCGCUCAUAGGGAUUAUUUGCUUGGAAUACUCUUGCCUUAUCGCAAGCAAAUUGGUUUCGAGAUAUGGGUACCAGACUUUCUCGCAUCUUUGCAUCGCCCACCUCAGGGCCGUCCUCAUCCUGGCUUGAUGUGGAUGCUUUACACCUUCGCUGCCUUUUUCUCUGGCGACCCGGAGCUCAAGGCGCUUGUUCCCGAGUUCAUGGAAAGAGCUCGCCGAAAUCUAGAAGAAUCAUUUGCCAGGGGUGAUCGUCUGUUUGACUAUAUUCGUGGACAGACUCUUUAUGCAAGUAUCAAGUACAUGAUGGGAAGAUUCAGUGAAGGAGGGUUGGCUAAAGCGUCUGCAUGCCAUGCAGCCAUUAUAUGUGGCCUACACAAGAUCACUACUCCAAGUAUCGCUCCGGUUACCCAAAGCCAAGAGAAAUCAAAAUACCAUGUUAGGGAAAUUGGGUUUCAGCUCCCGCCUGCAACAUCACCACGCGAGCAUGGCGAGAGAAUUGCCGCGUUCUGGCAACUUAUCCUUGUCGAUUAUUCCGAAGCAGCUACAACAGGAGUGCCUGCGAUGUUCCGUGACGAUGGUGAUGAACGCUCCCGAAUAGAGACUGUGUUCCCCCGACCCCUUGAAGAAUAUUUGAGUGGAGACGCCAAUAAAGUUCCAUAUGGUACAUUGGGGGACAUAUUUACCUCGAGAGAUAUCCCCAAUCCACCCGAUACCACUGCAACACUGCAAAUCAAAGCGACUGCCUUAUUGGAGCGCGCGGUUCGACUUGCAACCAAGUGGAAUGGAAAGCACAUUUCGGUCACCGACCCAAACAAGUAUGGGGAUGAGUAUAACACUGUCUUGCAAGCCAUUCAACACUUCAAGAGAUACCUUCCUGGCCUGUACCCUCGAGAAGGAGAUCCAGCUGAAUCUCAACUGCACCUUACUUCUCGGGGUCUGGUCUAUGAACGGCUGUUUCCUCAUUUUAUGGUUUUGAAUGCUGAGAUUGAAAUCUAUAACAUUCUCGAGGAGCAGGAGCUUGCACGUGAGCAGCGCCUCAUAUCGGCACGGGAGAUGAAAAACUUGAUUCUACAAUUAACGGAAACAGAAGUUGAACAAAUCGGUGUGCUCCUCGCGAACUGCUUCGAUUCAGCCAUCAAAGCUCUGAUGAAAGAGCGGAGAUAUUGUCGAGCUUAUUCAGAUGAAGCGGGUGCUGAGUUCAUCGAUAAGGAAAUAGACGUCAUCUCCCAUGCGCUGAAGGUACUCGGGCGCUCCCACCACGUUGCUUCCCUUCAAUCUGACCUGGUCGAUAAGAGCCGAUUUGAGGAGUAUUCCCAGACCAUAUAA